UGAAUCGUUUUGGUUCUUUUUUUUGGCUUUAUUAUAGAAAAUAUUUUAAUUUUUUCCAAAUGAUUUCAUCACAAAAGUUAAAUACACCUUUCAGGGGCAUUUGCAACAUUCUUUUCCCCAGCUGGUGGCUCCAGCAACAUCCAGUACACCUGCGUUAUCACGUUUUGCCACAGCACAAUCGUCAUUCUAUGCAACUAGCACGACAAAUGCAACCAAUCUGAUAUCAAAAGACGACAAAUUCAAGCCUGACCCUCAAGGAUACUGCUCCACUGCUACUGCACAUCCUCUUAAUUCUGGUGGGCAUCCGCAGCAGGCAGCUGGAUUCUCACUGCAGACAUACCAGUAUAAUGGACCGCUGUAA